UCACUACUGCACGACAGCUUCUCCAGAAGACUACAACUCCCAUGGUGCCACGGGGUAACCCAGGACUUGCAUCACCACGUGCUUGGACUGUCACAGUGACCUACAGCGGAGAGCAGGACAGCAUGGCGAGUAAAGAUCCCGGAGGUUUUUUGCAGCAGCUGAGGCAGGUUGUCAGCAGGAUGGGGUCUGGCCCGCGAGGGGCUGGGGUGGGUUUGAAGCUGCUCAUCGGAGCUGGAGCUCUUGCCUACGGGGUCAAAGAAGCCACAUACACAGUGGAGGGUGGCCAGAGAGCCGUUAUCUUCAGCAGAAUUGGAGGGAUGCAGAUGGACAAACUCAAAUAAGUCUGUCUUACAUUUAGAAUACCGUGGUUCCAGUACCCCAUCAUCUAUGAUAUUCGAGCCAGGCCCAGAAAGAUUUCAUCCCUCACUGGAAGCAAAGAUCUUCAGAUGGUAAACAUAGGUCUUCGUGUGCUGUCUCGACCCAUUGCCUCCCAACUGCCGAUCAUGUACCAGCAGCUGGGAAAAGACUACGACGAACGUGUGCUUCCUUCUAUCGUCAAUGAGGUGCUUAAGAGUGUGGUGGCAAAGUUCAAUGCCUCCCAACUGAUCACACAGAGAGCCCAGGUGUCACUACUCAUAAGGCGAGAUCUAAUUGAGAGAGCUAAAGACUUUAACAUCAUCCUGGAUGACGUGGCCAUCACAGAGCUCAGCUUCAGCAAAGAAUACACUGCUGCUGUGGAGGCCAAACAAGUUGCCCAGCAGGAGGCCCAAAGGGCUCAGUUCUAUGUAGAGAAGGCCAAACAGGACCAGAGACAGAAGAUUAUACAGGCUGAGGGUGAAGCUGAGGCUGCUAAAAUGUUGGGUCAAGCUGUUAUGAAGAACCCUGGCUACCUAAAACUCAGACGUAUCAGAGCAGCCCAAAAUAUUGCCAAAACGGUGGCAGCUUCUCAGAACAAGGUGUACCUGUGCGCAGACAGCCUCGUUUUGAACCUCCAGGACAGCUCCUUUGACAACCUGUCACUGGGGAAAUGAAGAGCAUCAUCCAUGAAGAACAUAUGCAUUCCAUAUGUAAGCAGUGUUUGCUGAGCCACUAUAUUUAUGCCCCUUUCCUAAACGUGACUGUGAGCAGAGCCUCUCACACAGUACAGUUCUGCAGGGGCUCAGAUAAGACAUGGGUCUGACAACCUUACAGAUUCACAUGUACCUGUUUAUACACAGUGAUUCAGUCAUUCAGGACUAUUUUCUGGCACAUUCAGCUCAAGAAUUGGGAGUUUUGGUAUCAGGUAACUUUAAAUACUAAUGGUGAUCACAAAAUAAACACUGCAAAGAAUAAAUGGUCACUUGUUCAUAUAUUCAUAAAUGUCACUGUUAUACCUAAAUGUUGUUGAUUGGUUGUUUACAAAACAUUAAGCUUUUUGUUUUUUUUGCCCCAGGUUUUUUUUUAUUAUUAUUAUUAUUACUAUAACCAUUCAAUGUCCUCUAUAAAUUGAAACUUUAUGAAAUGUUUGUUGACAGAUACUAAUGUACUUGCAGACAUUUUGAUUAAAUAAUGUGUUUAAGACUA